GCCAUUUUCGGCUUCUGCGUGAGGCACACAGGGCCUUCGCGCGGUGAGGUUGCGUAUACAGUGUACAUGUACACUGUACUGUGCGUGAUUGAUCAUGUGAGCAGCACGUAUACGCAAUGUACUGAAUGCCCUGUGUGUGUACGUGCAUGCGCGUGCGAAGUGGGAUUUAAAUCGAAAAUGGCGGCACCGAAGAGCGAAGAAGUUGAUAUAAAACAACGUUUUGAGGAACUUUGCCUUGGUCUUAAUCUUGACGAUUUGUCUGGUAGAGAAGCGUGGGAUACGUACGAGAGAAUAAGCAUUAACUAUACGCUUGAGGGGGAUGAUCUUCACUGGCUUGUGUGUGCCCUUUAUGUGGCCUGUCGGAGAUCUACUGUUCCUACAGUUGGAAAUGGUACAGUCGAGGGAAACUGUGUUUCACUGACUCGACUUUUAAGAUCUUCAAGACUGAGUGUGAUCCAGUUUUUUAACAAGAUGAAGAAGUGGGAAGACAUGGCCAACCUGCCCCAGCAAUUUCGUGACAAAGUUGAACGCUUAGAGCGUAACUUCAAUGUUUCAACUGUAAUUUUCAAGAAGUACCAGCCCAUAUUUCAAGACCUAUUCAUAUUCAAAGACAUGUCUAGUGAACAGCCUCGGAUGCCAAGAGGUCGCAAACAAAGGAGACAACCGUGCUCUUACUCAGACCUGUUUUCUUUCUGUUGGACGUUGUUCAUUCUUGUCAAAGGCAAUUUUCCAGCCAUCAGUGAUGACCUAGUCAAUUCAUAUCACUUGCUGCUGUGCUGCCUUGAUCUGAUAUUCAGCAAUGUCCUACUAGCCAACCGCCGUGACCUAUUGAACCCUGAGUUCACAGGUCUUCCAGAGAAUUAUUCAAGUCGUAACUACGCCGUACCACCAGACCCUCCUUGCAUCAUUGAAAAGUUGUGUGAGCUCCAUGACGGUCUGGUGCUAGAAGCAAAAGGCAUCAAGGAACACUGGUGGAAACCACACAUUCACAAACUCAUUGAAGACAGGGUUCUAAAAGGAAAUUUGGACAAACUUGUUGGUCUGCUUGAUGUCACUGGUUUUGAACUAAACAGCAAAAGCAUCAACAACAAGUAUGAAGAGUACGUGUUGACAAAAGGGGACUUCGAUGAGCGUAUUUUCCUUGAGGAUGAUGCAGAUGAGGAAAUAGGAACUCCUGCUAAGUCUCCUGCAAUGAAACAAGCCACCAGUCUGAGCGAUAAGAUGCAGGCAAAACGUAAUAUGCCUCAGUACAUAGAGAAGGUGAAAACCCUGUGUCCCCAGACCCCACUGACAGGUCGGCAUUACCUUAAAGAUAAGGAUCCUAGCGUCACUCCAGUCUCAACAGCGACCCAAACAGUUAGUCGUUUGCAGGCCCUGUUGGGUGGUUGUAAAGCUGGCCCAAGUGAAGAGCUGCAGACUGUAUUCAAAGAGUGCAACCAAGAUGUAACCGAGUCCAUUUUGAGUCGCAUCAAAGUCAUGGGGGAGACAUUUUGCCAGCGAUAUACACAGGAUGAUGGGACAGGACCACCACUGGACUUUGCCAAGAGACGACUGACACUGGCCAUCAAGAUGUACUACAAGGCAUUGGAGAACAUCAUUAUUAGUGAGAAGAAACGAGUAGAACAAAAAGGCAAGACAGAUCUAUCGUCAUUACUUGAGCAUGAUGUCUUUCACCGGUCUCUCCUAGCCUGCUGUCUGGAAGUCAUCAUAUUUGCCUAUAACUCUCAGAAGUCAUUUCCAUGGAUAAUUGAUAUCUUUGAGCUUCCAGCGUUCCAUUUCUACAAAGUCAUUGAGUUGUUGCUGAGAGCUGAGGAUUGCUUGUCAAGAGACAUUGUCAAGCAUCUUAACCAUGUGGAAGAGGAGAUUCUUCAAGAUCGUGCUUGGCGAAGUGAUUCUCCUCUCUGGGAUGCCCUGAGAGAUUCCAAGGAUGGCCCUCCAUCUUGUGAGGAUGUCUCUAUUACAACUCAGAGUGACACAGUUGCAAGGGCUAAUGGGAGUAUACACCAGCCAUACCGUUCACCUGUAAUGCACCAUCGUGUCCGUAUGCUCAUGGAGUCUGACCCUGCUGCCAAGAAAGAUGCCUUGCUGCAGUCUCCAACAUCUGCUCGUGAUCGUUUUAGCUCACCGUCUCCUGGAAGUGCCAAGCGUCGCCUUUUCGCUGUUGCUGUCCCAACUGAAGAGUCACCAUCCACAGCGACAUCAUCCUCCACUCUUGAUGGAAGCAAGGCAGCUAUAAGAGCCAAUGGGUCAGCAAGCCAGAAACCUAUUGCUGAGACCACACUGGAGAGUGGAGUCACUGUUAGUGUCAAGUCUAAGUCUAUCACCUUAACACAACCCAAAACAAAGGCAACAGCACAACCCCAGACAGUGACUGUGACGAUACAAGGUAUCAAAGACAAAGAUGGGAACAUCAAGCUUGUUUCCAGCCCCAUCAAGGUUACUACCAUGCCCGCUGCGCCACAACGUUCCCCAGCAUCCACACAAAAUACAUCUCCUUCAUUACAGCAGUCAUCCCCCAUAGCAGAGGCUAAAACAUCACCAGUCAAAGUGGAGCCUGGUACCAAGACAACGCCUACUGGGCCACAGGCUGAUGGAGAACAACCUGUUCUCACAGUCAACAAGCCCAAGAGAACUGGCUCAGUGGGACUGUUCUUUCGAAAGGUCUUCCAUUUGGUCAACGUACGUCUCCUGGACCUGGCACACAAGCUGAAUAUCUCAGAUGAACUUCGUCGUAAGACUUGGACCUGCAUUGAGUACUCAUUGACCAAGCAUGUAAACCUUAUGAAAGACCGACACUUAGAUCAGAUGAUCAUGUGUGCAAUUUACCUCAUGUGCAAGGUGACCAAAGAAGAUAAAAAAUUCCAGGAUAUUAUGAAAGCCUAUCGACGGCAGCCUCAGGCUCAGAGCAGUGUGUAUCGCAGCGUAUUGCUUCAGGAUCGCCGUCAGAACUCAAGCAAUGGGAGCAGUGGUAGUGGGUCUCACCAGGGCUCACCGGAAACUGACAAGCAAAAAGUUGAUUCAAAUCCUCAUACCCUAAGAAUGCGUUCAGCCAGCACUCUGCCUGCGCCUUCUAGUAGUGCCCCACCCACUCCAACACGCAUGGCUUGCACAAGUUCAUCAUUUGAAGAUGAGGACAGAGGGGACUUAAUCACCUUCUACAACUCAGUUUACAUAACCAGAAUGCAGGCCUUUGCACUUCGGUUUGCCCCAAGUGAGGGUAGCCAGGAGAACCUGAGGGCUCCUUCAUUGUCACCCAUGCCGGUGAUCAGAACACACCCUGCUUCGCCUCGUAGAGUGUCCAGUCGUCAUGAGGUCUAUAUUAGUCCACACUCAAACUCCAUCCCAACCAGCCCCAACAAAGGCAUGCUGUAUUAUAUCAACAAGAGUCCUGCAAAGAACUUGAGAGACAUCAACAAUAUGAUCAAACUGGGAGGUGAACGUCAGACACCCAAGCGUGUCCUUCCCCUAGGUGAAGGUAUGGAAAGCUCUCCAAAAAGAAUGUGCUUGGAACCCAAUCCACUAGUCCAGCGACUGAACAGCUUGAAAUCAGACCGAUGAGACAGAUCUUGUAAUUGCAGCAUGUCGCACAGAAAAUCCUUGGAGUGCGUGAUGGUCUUUUUGUCUCAGAAAAAUGAAUUUUGAGUAUUAGGUUCAAGUUCAUUUGAUAUAUCGACUGCAUUUCUUGCAGUGUAAUGAUCAAGCUAAAUAUCUGUCAUGUAAUUUCUCACCGAUUUCCUGGAUUUCAAAAAUUGUAAUUUGAGUUUACAGUUGGUCAUGAAGUGCUUAUGCAGAAUUCUUAGUAUCAUUACAACAUACGCAGGCUUCAUCAUCAACAACUUUGUCAAGACUUUAAUC